UAAGAGGUGCGUGAAAGGGUUUUGUUCUCGACGUCUCUUGCUUCGAGGGUGCGGCUCCACCUCGCGGUUGGGAGAGAGAGAGAGAGAGAGAGAGCUUGGGGCUUUUUGCAGCGUUUCGCUGCGGAUCUCUCUUCGAGUCCCCCCAAAGACAAAUACAAGCUUUACUCGAAAUGGCCGACGGCCACGAAACCGACAAGAACAUUGAGAUAUGGAAGAUCAAGAAACUAAUCAAGGCACUCGAAGCUGCAAGAGGCAACGGAACAAGCAUGAUUUCUCUCAUCAUGCCGCCUCGCGAUCAGAUCUCACGUGUUGCUAAGAUGCUGGGGGACGAAUAUGGGACAGCCUCGAACAUCAAGAGCAGAGUCAACCGCCAAUCUGUGCUGGGCGCCAUCACCUCUGCUCAGCAAAGGCUGAAGCUCUACAACAAAGUCCCUCCCAAUGGACUUGUCCUGUACACUGGGACCAUUGUGACUGAAGACGGCAAAGAAAAGAAAGUCACAAUCGAUCUCGAGCCGUUCAAGCCCAUCAAUGCAUCGCUAUAUCUUUGCGACAACAAAUUCCACACGGAGGCUUUGAGCGAGCUUUUAGAAUCGGAUGACAAGUUUGGUUUCAUAGUAAUGGAUGGGAAUGGAACACUCUUUGGCACUUUAAGCGGCAACACCCGUGAAGUUCUUCACAAGUUCACUGUUGAUCUUCCUAAGAAGCAUGGAAGAGGAGGGCAAUCGGCACUUCGGUUUGCUCGACUUCGGAUGGAGAAGCGCCACAACUAUGUGCGGAAAACUGCUGAACUAGCCACUCAGUUUUUCAUUAACCCUGCUACAAGUCAACCGAAUGUGGCUGGAUUGAUUCUCGCUGGCUCAGCUGACUUCAAAACCGAGCUAAGCCAGUCCGACAUGUUUGAUCCCCGCCUCCAAGCAAAAAUCCUAAAUGUGGUUGAUGUCUCAUAUGGCGGUGAGAAUGGCUUCAAUCAAGCAAUUGAAUUAUCAUCUGAGAUACUGUCAAACGUGAAAUUCAUACAAGAGAAGCGAUUGAUUGGAAAAUACUUUGAGGAGAUAAGCCAGGACACUGGGAAAUACGUCUUUGGUGUGGACGACACCUUGAAGACACUCGAGAUGGGAGCUGUAGAAACCCUAAUUGUGUGGGAGAAUCUGGACGUGAAUCGAUAUGUGUUAAAGCAUUCUGCCACUGGGGAGAAUAUUGUGAAGCAUUUUACCAAAGAACAGGAAGCAGAUCAGAACAACUUCAGGGAUUCUGCUACAGGGGCCGAGCUCGAAGUGCAGGAUAAAACUGCUUUACUGGAGUGGUUUGCUAACGAGUACAGGCAGUUCGGCUGCACUCUUGAGUUUGUGACCAACAAGUCACAAGAGGGAUCUCAGUUCUGCAGGGGCUUUGGUGGCAUUGGUGGCAUCCUUCGCUAUCAGCUUGAUGUUAGGGCCUUCGACGAGCUGUCGGAUGAGUACUAUGAUGAUUCUGAAUAGCAAUCAAUCAACCAUUCACUGAACCCGGUCCGGGAGGAGCCUGAGCUGGCCCAGCCCCGGUCCGGACGCGCUCCUGAGGGGUCACGCACUUCCUCGGGGAAAAAUUAAUGGAGCAGAAGGCCAUAAUGAAAGUGAUUUCUACAGGAUUGAUUAAUCUGCUGGAAUGAUGAUGGCACUUCAUCAAGGAAAAGAUUUCUCAGCUAUUCGGCAUAUGUUAUGGUGGUUUAGUAUUGCAGGGGAUACAGAAAAUUGGGCUAUACAUGUCCAAGUUAUGUUUUCCUAUCUGUGUGUUACUAUGUUGUGUCUGCUAUUGUGGUAUGAGUUGGUGAGUCAACCAAGUCCUACUGUUUAAAGCUUGAAACACUCGUUUGGUCUGGUCGAGCCGUUUAAUUAGCUAUGAGUCAUAAUAUUACUGUCCUGGUUGAGUUUCACUCUUUAUGAAGACUCUGUCGUGAACUUUUAAUAGUCUGAACAAUACAUAAAGUGUGCAUGUGAAUCAAAGUUGUGCUUUUAGAAUGUUUAAGAGUCUGAACAAUAAAUAAAGUAUGCAUGUGAAUCAAAGUUGUGCUUUUAGCAUGGCAGGGAAGAAGGAGAUUGCUUUCUAAUGUCUAUAAGGGCAUGAAUA